CGGGACCCGGUUUUGCUUUGUGCGGUGCGACUAUUGCUUACAUACUUAUAUCACGCAGAGGUCUCACACCUCGAUGCUGACCCUCGCUUUCGAAGAUGCUUGAUAGACUACAGCACUGUAGCGGUAUGGCUACAUUGAUCUCUACUAACCCACCGAGACUCCGGCUUCUCCAUCUCAUUCAUUCUCUUCGCAUCUGCAUGGACGGGCUGCUGGCAUCAUGACUUAUAACGACAUAGAUAUUCCGUUACCUGCAUUCAUUGCGAUCGACUGGGCAGGCAUGACGGUUGCUCUUGUUCCGAUAAUUCUUCGUUUUUGGUUACGACCUAUAGAAUCAAAACCGCGAACAGCAACGCUCAACCUCUCCGACGGCCUCGUGCUGCUAUCGUGGCUCUCUGGCAUGGUGCUAAUUAGCAUCAACACCUGGAAGAAUAAUCUCCGACAGCGGUAUAUCCAUCUUCCGCCCGAUGAGCUCUACUACGGAGUUCCAAGAGAAUUAUCCGCCAACCUCCUCUACGUAUCCUGGAUCUCUCUAUUCUUCAUUUACAUCUCCCUGUGGGCCGCCAAGUUUUCUCUUCUCGCGUUCUUCGCCGAUCUGCUGCGUCUAACCGAGAACCGAGCUGCUCGCAUCAUGCUUAUCUGCGCAAGCGUAUUUGCAAGUUGUACCUUCGUGCUGCACAUGGUACUGUUAUCAGCAUGGUGUUCUCCUGUCAGCGGUAAUUGGAACAUCGACGGGCAUCUAUGUUCUGCGGUUCACGAUAUUAGAUCCGUGUCUAUAUCCACGGCUUCGAACAUCUUCACGGACCUCAUUAUCCUCAUUAUCCCUCUCUUUGCAUUGUGUACCAUGGGCCAGGAGCGCCGGGAGAUAACCAAGACACGGAUAGGAAAAGCAGAAAUAAGCGGGAUAGUAUUCGUGCUAUGCAUGGCAGCGUUAAGCAUCGUAGCGGCUCUGGCGCGAUGGAUAACGUUGAUGCUGGUCCGAAAUGCACCUAAAGCCGACAUAACUCACACCAUUGACGUAUGGGCGUUGGUGGAAAUAGUGGCCAGUCUGGUGGCUGUCUGUCUGCCAAGCUUGCGGUCAUUCCUUAGGAAACGAAGACGGCGUUUUCAACAAAUUAAAUAAGCACUCGAUCUGCGCCGUUAAAUAUACCCAACUCGGCUAAUAAAAUAUCCCUUCUUCUACAAGUGACCGUGUAGCGAAGUAGUGACACUUUUGAAAAAUGCAUAAAAUAUUCAGGGGGUGAGUAUCCGAAACUCAACUCUAUCAUAUCGAGCUCGGUCCAAUGCAUCAUAGGGGAUAUAUAUCACUAACAAAUUGUGCGGUGCUUGCGGCUCCGCACUACGGUCUAAGUGUUAGCUAGGUAAAUAAAUUUAAGCUUGAAUGUUGGAGUGGUGGGUUUAAACGAGGGAAUCAGCCACGGUGAUUUCGUAGUUACUCAUCGACGAACUAUCCGACAUCUAGUUUGAACGGGUAUUUAUAACGUAAAUAUUUUAUGAUACUUGUAUUAAAAAAGACUCCUGUCUAUAAACGGAUAUUCUUACUGCGAUCAUUUACAUUA